AAAGCAAUUGUGUCUGGUAAUCCGACACCAAGUGUUCAUUGGACAAGAAGAAAUGGAGAAGUAACAGAACCAGAGAGAUACAAAAUUGUAUCUGAUCCAGCCACGCCUUAUGAACACUACAUAGAGAUGCCGGAAGUAUCUUCAGAACAAGCUGAUACCUACAAAUGCUUUGCCACCAAUGAGUAUGGAAAAGCUGUGGUCACCGCUAACCUCAAUGUAAUUGAAAUGGGAUAUAAGAAGGGCAAGGCUAUGAAAGAUGCACGAGCAGCUGCUGUGAAGCCACCUGAAGAUUUCAAAAACUCCUAACAAAAGUGGUUGUAACAUCAGACAAAGAUGACAAAAAAGAGGGAGAAAUCGAUCCAAGGUUUUGGGAUGUGUUGAUGAGUGCCGACAAGAAAGACUAUGAGAAAAUCUGUGCUGAGUUUGGAGUCACUAACUUCCGCUGGAUGCUGAAGACACUGAAUGCGAAGAAGGUUGAGAGGGAGGAAGAACAAGGAAAGUAUGUUGAAAAGCUCAGCAAUCUGAAACACAUUGAAGUAAAACCUGGUGGAGGUGCAGAGUUUGAAUUUGAGAUGUCGCUUAAAGACCCCAACGUCAAGAUCUUCCUGUUCAAGAAUGGAGUAAUGGUUCCGUUCAGUGUCGAAACAGAAGAGAAGCAUUUUCUGAAGAAAACGGGAAGAAAAUUUACAUUUGGCAUUAAGGAUCUUGCUGGAGAUGAUGAAGGAUUGUACCAAGUGAUGGUGGAGGGGGUACUUAUCUUCUCAACUGACUUCAAAGUUCCAAUGGUGGAUUUCCUGGUCAAAAUUCAGGAAGUGAAGGCCACGGAGAGAGAGGAUGCCGUGUUUGAAUGUGUCCUGUCAUCACCCAUGUCAAAGAUUCAAUGGACGGGGAGGAAUCAACCGUGUGAACAAGGGGAGAAGUUUGACAUUGAAGUGUCAGAGGACAUGCUCAUUCAUAGCUUGGUUGUGAAGGACUGUGCGAAACUGGAUGGUGGUAUCUAUUCAGUAUGUGCAGGGAUCAAGUCUUGCAAUGCCUUUCUUGUUGUGGAGGACCCAGGAGUGCACUUUACCAGUGGAUUGUCAGACAUCAGUGUUAAUAUGGGCAACAGAGGUGAACUGGAGUGUAAACUGAGCAGUGAAAACUGUGAAGGAAUCUGGUACAAAGAUGGAGAAGAGAUAGAAGCAUCAGAUGAUAUUGAGAUGAAACAUGAUGGGGCCUUUCACAGGCUUAUACUGAAGAACUGCAAGGAGGAAGAUUCUGGCAAAUACCGAUUUGAAGCUGAUGGACGUAAAACAGAAUCCAUGCUCAUUGUAGAGGAUCCACCCAGAGUAAACCCAGAUGACCUGGCUGAUUUCUCAAAGCCCGUCAUAAUAAAGGUUGGCCAAAGCGCUACCUUCAAGCUGUCUAUUAUGGGUCGUGACCCAAUGAAGAUCUAUUGGUACAACGAAGGUGAGGAGUUGGUGGAGGACAAACACAUCAACAUUGAGAAGUCGCUCACACACAGUCGCCUCCUCCUCAGCAAGUGCCAGCGGAAAGCCACAGGAGAAAUCAAGAUCAAGAUCAAAAAUGAAUGUGGAACCAUUGAGGGCAUAUCCAGGUUGAUUGUGCUGGACAGACCAAGCCCUGCCCUAGGACCUGUGGAGAUCAUUGAAGCUUCUUCGGCUGUACUUGACUUUAAAUGGAGGCCUCCCAAAGACAAUGGUGGCUCUCCUGUGAUCAACUACAUCCUGGAACGACAGCAGCUGGGCCGUAACUCCUGGAUGAAGCUGGGUCAGAUCCCUGGAGAGCCCAAAUACAGGGACACCGAUGUAGACCAUGGAAGGAAGUACUGCUACCAUAUCAGGGCUGUGACUGAGCAGGGCAUAAGUGAAAUGAUGGAGACUGAUGACAUCCAGGCCGGUACAAGAGCAUAUCCCGGACAACCUUCCUCACCCAAAGUGAUCAGUGCCUUUGCAAACUGCAUCAAUCUAGAAUGGGUUCCCCCUUCCAACACUGGAGGAACUAAUAUUCUAGGUUACCACCUGGAGAAACGCAAGAAGGGCAGCAAUCUAUGGGGUUCAAUCAACAAUGUGAAAGAGCCAAUCAAAGGUCAAGGGAUUGCAGUGAAAGACGUUAUUGAGGGAAUAGAGUAUGAGUUCCGUGUUGCAGCUAUCAACAUAUCUGGUGCUGGAGAGCCAAGUACCCCCUCUGAAUUUGUUUUUGCAAGAGACCCAAAGAAGCCCCCCGGUCAAAUCAAUGACCUGAAGGUGACAGACUCCACCUACACCACCUUGUCCCUGGGUUGGACUAAACCCAUAGAGGAGGAAGGGGUCCAAGAUGAAGCCAAGGGAUACUUUGUGGAGAUCAGACCAGCAGCAAACCCAGAGUGGGACCGCUGUAACAAUAACCCCAUCAUCAUUACCUCCUAUAACAUUUUGGGUCUUAAGUCAAUGGCAAUGUACUGGGUGAGAGUGAUCGCCACCAAUGACGGGGGAGAAGGGGAGCCGCAAGAGCUGGACAACUACAUCCUGGCUAUGCCUCCCCCAGUGAGACCACAUUUCACUGAUCGCAAAAUGAAGAGCUUCAUGGUUGUGAGAGCCGGGAAUUCUGCUCGAAUCAACAUCAACUUUGUGGCUUCUCCUAUGCCAAACAUAACGUGGCUAAAGGAUGGGAUGCCAGUAUCAAAACUUGUAACCAUUAGCAACUCCGAUAAUACAUCCCAGCUCCUAAUCUCCACAUCUGAGCGUCCCGACACAGGAAUCUACACCAUCAUCGUCAAGAACAUGGUUGGUCAGGAGACCUUCAGUAUCGAAAUCAGAGUCACAGAUGAUCCCAAGCCUCCCGGCCCAGCGGAGUUGGAACAGAAUGUUCCUGGAACAGUGACUGUGACCUGGACUCCCUCCCCAGACGAGAGGAGGGACGACAGGCUGCACUAUAUAGUGUCCAGACGUGACUCCGUCAAGCGAAUGUGGCAAACUGUAGCCGACCACCUCUUCAACAACAAGUUCACAGCCCUCAACAUCAUGGCUGGACGAGAGUACUACUUCCGUGUCUACGCGAAAAAUGACAUGGGUCUCUCUGAGCCUUCUGAGUCGCCAACCUGGGGAGUGACCAAGAAAAAAGAUAAGUUCUCAAUGGCUUGCAGCUCAAUCAAGAGCCUCAACUUUGAGUCAGCGCCAUCAUUCUUAGUUCCACUGAAAAUGCACAGCACCCCUGAGAGCUACGAGUGCUACAUGAGCUGUGCUGUCAGAGGGGACCCAACACCUCAUGUCACAUGGUACCGCAACAAUAUCAGCCUCAACACCAACACCAACUAUCUUAUCACCAACACCUGUGGGGUCUGCUCCAUGCUUAUACUGAGGGUUGGAACCAAGGACACUGGAGAGUACAAAGUCAUCGCAGACAACGCCUUGGGCAGGGCAGAGUGCUCCACCAAACUCACAGUCAACGGUAUAAAAAAAUAA